AUGGCCUCGCCGAGUAAAGUGGAUAUGCUGUCCCUUUUGAGGGAUUCUCUCGACUACGAGGGUUCAACGAAAUCUCACGUGUUUGUUGUGAUGGGAGCGUCGGGGGACCUGGCAAAAAAGAAGAUCUACCCAACUUUAUGGUGGCUAUACAGGGAUGGCCUUCUCCCACCAAAUACCUCCUUCAUCGGCUAUGCUCGUAGCAAAAUCAACAUGGAUGAAGUACAGAAGAGAUGUGUUCCCUAUAUGAAGGUUCAAGACAGUGAAAAAGACAAACUAGCAGCAUUUUUCAAAGUCAAUGAAUACAUUGCUGGAGAUUAUGAGAAGGCAGCAAGUUUCUCCCUCCUGAACAAAGCCUUGGACCAGAAGAACAAUGCCAACCGUAUCUUUUAUCUCGCUCUACCUCCGUCUGUUUACGAAUCUGUCACACGCAAUAUUAAGGCCAUUUGUAUGGCAAAAGAAGGGUGCUGGACUCGUGUGGUGAUAGAAAAACCAUUUGGCAAAGAUCUUGAGAGCUCGAACAAUCUGUCCGAACACCUCAGUGCUUUAUUCAAGGAGGAGGAGAUGUACAGAAUUGAUCAUUAUUUGGGCAAAGAGAUGGUGCAAAACCUGAUGGUGCUAAGAUUUGCCAACAAAAUGUUUAGUCCUAUCUGGAACAGGGACAACAUCGCCUCAGUUGUCAUCAGCUUUAAGGAGCCGUUUGGAACUCAGGGACGAGGCGGCUACUUUGAUGAGUUUGGAAUCAUCAGGGAUGUUAUGCAGAAUCACCUAUUGCAGAUUUUAACCCUGGUAGCCAUGGAGAAACCUCCAACAACAGGAGCAGAGGACAUCAGAAAUGAGAAGGUAAAGGUCCUGAAGAGUAUAUUACCUGUUGAAAUGGAACAUAUUGUCCUAGGCCAAUAUGUAGGUAACCCAGAAGGCACAGGUGAUGAGAAAAUUGGAUAUUUACAGGAUCCAACUGUUCCAAAAGGUUCCACCACACCCACAUUUGCCACAGCUGCCCUAUUUGUGAAGAAUGAACGGUGGGAGGGUGUACCAUUCUUCCUGAGGUGUGGAAAGGCAUUGAAUGAACGGAAAGCAGAAGUACGGAUUCAGUUCCGUGACAUACCAGGUGACAUUUUCCCUCCCGGGGAUGUCAAGCGGAACGAGCUGGUGAUUCGAGUACAGCCAAACGAGGCUGUUUAUUUAAAAAUGAUGACCAAAUCACCAGGCAUGAGUUUUAAGAGUGAAGAAACGGAACUAGAUUUAUCUUACAAUCAUCGUUACCAAAACUUGAAGUUGCCAGACGCUUAUGAACGUCUGAUACUGGACGUCUUCUGCGGGUCACAGAUCCACUUUGUCAGGUCUGACGAACUCUUCGAAGCCUGGAGAAUAUUCACUCCUCUACUCCACAAGAUAGAGAAGGAGAAACCAAAACCAACAGAUUACGUGUAUGGCAGCCGAGGACCAAAGGCCAGUGAUGACUUAUGUGCAAAAUACAACUUUGUAUAUAGUGGGACAUACAAGUGGGUCCAACCAGAACAGAGCAAAAUUUGAGCAUGGACGAAUGGAGAAUACGAAAUCAAGAAGUGGAGGACAGAUUAGGAAGAACAUUGUAAAAUGAUUGCAGUCAAUAACAGAUUCCUGUUGGCCUGGCAUUUCAAUAUUUAUAUAUAUUUAUAUACAUUAUAUCUUUUAAGUGAACAAAUUGGUAUCGGAAAGUUUUUUCUACAAAACUGUGAUUUUUGUGUUUUUCAUGAUUUUAUACCAGUUAUCAAGUUUUAGCGAAGAUGUUUGGGUUCCUUUUUUUUUUAAAAAUGGCAUUGUUAAGUAUAAUAAUAGUUUGUCAGGUUUUGUCGCACGGAUGAUAGUUUAGAUCUGAUGUUAUGUUUUUUUCUUGUUAAUCAAAGUAAACUUUCACUACAAAAUAUUUUGAUUUAUUCUAUUUAAAUGUCAAAUUUAAAUUUUGUCUCCCAAGUGUAACUUAUAAUGUGUGUUAAUGUAAACAUUGUUUAGUGUUAUCCAACUAGAGAAGAAUGACCUUUGAACUUUGCAUGAAUUAUGCUGAUUAGGUUGCAUUCCUUCUUAGAUAUAUCCACUGGCUAUUUGUUGGAUGUGUAGUGUACAGUAGUAGAUGCAUGCAGUUGGUGUGGACAAACUGUGUUCCCUAUCAUUAUAUCAACUGGUCAGUAGUCAGUAUGACAAUGAAAGGUGCACACAGCAUGUCGGUGUGAUUGCACUAUAAUUCAUGUGUAUAAGACAGUAUGAAUUGUAGACAUGGAAGAAUGUCUGGCUUUGUUGCUUAGAUGUAAUGAUUUGACUGUGAAUUUUUAAACAUAUUUCAGAAUUCAAAUUCACUAACAGAGAGAGUUAUUUGAUCUUGUAAAAUGAUGUGUAAUAUGCAAAAGCAAAAUAUUUCCAUAUUUUUAUGCAAUUUUCAAUUUACUUCAUGGAUAAACUUUUCUUAUAAAUGUGUUUUGUGUACCUCCCCAUGUAGAUUUUGACUUUUUUUUCAAUCACAUUUCAUUUUAUCCAAGAUAAAUUUGCCUCGGAAAGUUUGGAAAAAAGUUGGAGGAAAAAGUGCAGUUUUAAAUAUAGACCAACAAUAUGACUCAUUUACCUGGGAAAACUUAUGUAUGGUAUGCUAUUAGUAGAUUUAGAUAUAUUUGUAUUGUAUGUACUGAACAUAUAGAACAAAAAGAAUUCUACCGAUUGAAAUUAUUGUCAGUUGGGUGACUGUCAGACUUGAUCAAAUGGAGAAUCUCAUGUUUAAAUCAAUAUCAUAUUUAUGUAACCACACCUUUUUAUUAAACUUACUAUGGAUUCAAUAUCCAGAACAUUUAAUAUUUAUAACACAUUAUUUAUUAGAAUGUGUUCAAAUGAUCAGUGAACCCAAGAAUGAUCAGAAAGUAACAAAAUAUAAUUGUCAACUGAUAUAACUAUCAGAAAGUGAUAUUAUUUCCAAAAUUUGUUUUAGAACUGAAAGGACCUUCUAAUUUCAGUCAAUGCAAUAUAUGGAAGGGUAUAUACUUAUGUGUUGAACAAUCAAUUAUAUUGACUGCCACGGAGUUGUCUUUCUUGCUGGACAAGAUACAAAGCAUUAUAAAGCAUGGCAGUAUACAGUAGACAUAAAAGUCGACUUUUAUAUCUUUUCUGUCCGCACUCUUCAUUUUGACGUAAAAUCGUAUAAAAUCAACUAUGAGAUUGAACGUCAGGAUCUGUGAUGUAAAAAAACUUUACAUUCAAAAUAUCAUCAGCAUUUUUAAGGAGACUUUUUUCCUUGUGUUACUUUUGUAAAAAGAAUUCAUAGUUUUGAUAUUCUUUGAUAUAUAGUCAUUAUGAAAAGUUUAGUUAAUAAAUUUAUGGUUUCCACUCCUGUAGAUGAAAAGUGAAUAGAUAUUAGCAGUUGUGAUGUAUUUUGAGAGUGAAAUAUUUACGAUAUAAAUUCAGAUAGCCAUAAAAAAACCCCACCAAUAUUGAAUACAUGUCUUUUUUGGUUUGUUUUGUUUCUUCUGUGGCGAUACGCUUUUCAUACAUUUCCAUAUUAAAACACUCCAUAUUCCAAGAAAAAAACAUUUUCAAGUUUCACAAAAAAUUUGUAAACAUCUUUUAUCAAAGAGAGUCUGCUAUCAUCUAAAACUUUUGGUGAUUGAAUAAAGGAAAUCAAAUUGAAGUUAUUAAAUCACAUUUAAAGGAAUUCUCAUACAUUUUAUCUGGUUUACUGAAACACAGUAUUUUAAUAUUGUAUUUGAUGUAUUUAUGUGCUAAAAUAGACAUUUAAGUGUGAAUGUAUGUAUAGGUUUUUUAUGUGUGUUUUUCCUGAAGCCAGACAUAUACUUGAUGUAUUUGUUUUUUUAAACAAGUCAUUUUUUUCAAUUGCUAUUUACCUCAUCUGGUCAGAUUGCCCAUUCAUCAUUUCAAAAGAGUAUUUUUCUAUAAAAUUUGGAAUAAAUUUUGUAGGAAUCCUGAAGCAAAGUUGAUUCAGUUACAUAAUUGAGAGAGAGAACAAAGAGUGUGUUGCCAAGUUGAAGAAAUAGAAGAUUUGUAACUCCUGAAGUUAGUGAAAAUGUCCUUUCAACGUCUGUCCCUAUUUUGAAACUGUUACUUGGUAAGACAAAUCGUACAGAACUAGAAGUGUGUGUAGGCGUCUUGACUGUGAGUAGGAUAUGAUUAUUAGUUUGAAGAGUGCAAUUAGACUAUUUGAAUAUAUACAGUGUACAUUCAAUGUAGAUUUUUUAGUUUCUUUAAAGUAUUAUUUGUACUUUAAUUGUAUAAUCACUUUAAAGGGACUUCAUGGUUGGAUUUUGUUAUUUUUUCCUAUGUGUUUGAUUUCAGGUAAGCAUUGUAAUACUUAAAACUACACUCUAAACAAAAUUAUAACACUCUCUGAGAAAAAUUGAUAAACAUUAUCAGCUUCAUACAAACGCUAGUCGACACUCGCUGUUUAGUCUACCACCCAUCGUGUUUUGAUCGGAGAAACCCGAGUUCAUCACGUGACCUUUCGGAGCCUCAUUUUAAUCCGCCCUUUUGAUAUGAUUUCUUACUAUGUAUAAUUAUGUAAUUAGCAAAAACUUAACAUGCCCGCCAUUUUUCAAUUCUUACUUUGUAAAACGACCUCUUGUUUCACGCAAAAUAAAUGAAUUUGAAUUAGUAUGAAUCUAAAAUUGCAUGCGCAAAGACAUUGUUUACACUCUCUGAACGAUAAUGAUUUGAAUUAGUGUUGGGUCCCUCUUAUUUUAUUGCAAUUUUUUUAUAUUGUUGUUAAAAUAGUUAUGCAAACUAUAAAAUAUUAUAAAUAACAGAAAGUACAUUAUUCUAACAGAUAUUUAAAUGUUAUAAUGCUGUUUAUCAGUAAUGAAAUGAAUAUCCAACCAUUUAGUCCCUUUAAGAAGUUGUACAGGUAUCAGUUAUUUUACUCCCAGUUAUUACCAUAUGAGUGCUACUGUUAUUGUCAUACAUACAUGUUCUGUAAGUAAUUUGAUUAAGUGCUACAAAUAUCUUUGAUUUAACUCAUGAGUCUUUUUGUAUGUAUUAUAACAAUUUAUAAGUGCUAUUAGUAGUAUACAUUAUUAGUUGAAAAAGUGCUAUAAGAUUAUACAUUUACAUAAGGUUUGAAGAAAGUAUUGACAGGAGCGAAACAUUUUCUUCAGGUUGUUUGUUCUGUAUCAGGAUUUUGAGUUAUUAUUUUGUAAAUUAUUGUAGUCAAUACAAUUCAUAGGGUUUCAUAUUGUUAGUACAAUAUUCAUGUUUUAGUCCUAAAUGGAAUUGAUUACUUUUAAAAGCUCCGAUAUGUAAGAUAUUCAUAAUAUCAAAGGUUAAAGGACCUCAGAUGUAUUUCUGUGACUUGUUCCCUGUUUUAGAGACAAAUUGUUUCAUUAUGCAAACAUUCCUUACCAUCGCAUGUAAAAUAUAAGUGGACUUAACUUUGUUUUGAUUUUUGUUGAUUUUCCACAAUAACAUCUAAAACCUUGACAGAAAGUUUUCCUACAUUCAAAAUGCUUAUCCCCAAGGCUGCACUCAACAGUCAUGAAGCCAAGUAGAGUGAUCCAGUUUGAGACUAUAUAUAAAUACGGAAGUUAUACUGAAGUUUUUAUACUGAAAAAAUCAUUAAUUUUUCAAGAGAAUUUCAUUUAGUUUGAUUACCCCCUACUUUUAUAUCAGCAGAUUCAAAUGUCGUUGUAUUAGUAGAUCUGAUAUGAAUUUUGAGUACUUUAAGCAGAUUUUGCGAAAACAAUUGAUCCAGGAAGUCAAGUUGACAUGAAAAAGUAAUUUUCUACUUUGGAAGAAAAAAUUCAAGCUCAGCAAAAUGCAUAUGGGCUGAAAACAAUUUAACAACAAUGAUUUAUUUGCAGGUUUUAAUUUAGGUAUUUUUCAUUCAUGUUAAUUAAUCAUUAGAUAUGAAAGUAUUGACAUUGUUAUAUAUAUCAGCUAUUUUUACUGACAUCGACUGAUUGAAUCAUUUGAAAACAUGAAUUUAUACAAAAUC